GCUAAUGCUAGUUUUUUUGCUCUCACUCYUCAUGAUCCUGGACCGAACAUGGCUUCAGCUACAGACCCCUGCUCAUUUUCCUCCUUCUCCAAGUGCGUUACCAAGCACCUGAAUCUCACCUACCAUGUGGAUUUUGACAGCCAUGUCAUCAAAGCUAAGGUCGCGCUCACCGUGGAGGUUUUAGUGGAUAAUUUCACGUCUUUGACCCUUGACACGAARGACCUGAAGGUCUCUAAGGUAACAGCCAAUGGACAGGCAGCAAAGUUCACUCUGGGACCCAAGCACAGCUUCAUGGGAACCCCUCUGGAGAUCACACUGCCCUUUGACCUCUCCAGGGGUCAGCAUGUGAUCGUGGAGGUGACUUAUGAGACUGCACCUAGUGCUUCUGCGCUGCAGUGGCUCACUCCUGAACAGACUGCUGGGAAGAAACACCCCUACCUCUUCAGCCAGUGCCAGGCCACCCAUUGCAGGAGCAUGGUACCCUGCCAGGAUACCCCCGCUAUGAAACACACCUACUAUGCCCAGGUGUCUGUCCCCAAGGAGCUGGUGGCUGUGAUGAGUGCUGUACGGGACGGACAGGAGCCUGAUCCCCAGGACAGCAGCCGGGUCAUCUACCGCUUCAGACAACCAGUGGCCAUGCCCUCUUACCUCAUUGCCAUCGUGGUGGGAGCUCUGGAGAGCAGAGAGAUUGGGCCCAGGUCUCGUGUUUGGUCAGAGAAGGAGUUUGUGGACAAGGCAGCUUUUGAGUUCUCAGAGACAGAGACCAUGUUGAAGACAGCUGAGGACCUUGCGGGGCCGUAUGUGUGGGGCCAGUAUGACAUCCUGGUCCUGCCCCCCUCCUUCCCGUAUGGAGGCAUGGAGAACCCCUGCCUUACCUUUGCCACCCCCACACUGCUGGCUGGAGACAGAUCCUUGUCCAAUGUCAUAGCCCAUGAGAUCUCUCACAGCUGGACUGGCAACCUGGUGACCAACAAGACCUGGGAGCACUUCUGGCUGAACGAGGGUCACACGGUGUACCUUGAGAGAAUGAUUGGCAGGUCGAUGGAGAGUGAACAGUUCAGACAGUUCAAGGCCAUGGGCGGCUGGAAGGACCUGCAGGAAUCGGUGAGAGAACACUACACCCACACAUGCAUGAGUGGACUGGAACGCUGGAUGCACACGCUGGGAUUGCCCCCGUUCAAACCACAAUAUGACACCACUAUGGCAGACGCCUGCAUCGCACUGUGUAAGAGAUGGGUGAAGACCAAAGAGGGGGAUCUGGGGAAUUUCAGUGAGGUGGAUGUGAAGACUCUCUCCACCCACCAGCUUAUAGAGUUCYUGUCUCUGCUCCUGCAAGAGGAGCCCCUCCCCCUCAGCCAUGUGAAGAAGAUGCAGGAAGUGUACCGACUCAACGCCUUCAACAACGCAGAGAUCCGCUUCAGGUGGCUGCGGCUGUGUGUCAAGUCCAAGUGGGAGGAUGCCGUUCCCAUGGCGCUGAAGAUGGCGACAGAGCAGGGGAGGAUGAAGUUCACACGGCCACUAUUCAAAGAGGUGUACAACUUUGAUAAGUAUCGUGAGGAGGCGGUGCGUGUGUUCAUAGCCCACCGGGCAGCCAUGCACCCAGUAACGUCUAAUCUGGUGGCCAAGGACCUGAAGGUGGACACUGGCAAGAGCACCUGAUUCUAAUUGGAAUCCCACCRGAAGCACUCCGAGGCCGGCAUUUUUAUYGGGACAUACCCCACCCCAUUGCCCAAAACGACCGGAGAAAGCUAGAGAGAAGCUUCCUGUCACACCCCCACCUUUAAUAACUGUCUACUUUGCUCGGCAGCUAUUCAGAAUUGUCUUGUUUCUGUUUGUUUUACAUUGAGGUUUAUGAUACGUCGAGCAGAGUUGGGGUCAAUUCUGAAUUUAAUUCAAUUCAAACUAAUUUGCCACAGCCCACAGGAAGCAGAAUUUGAAUUGAAAGAAGUAGAAUUGAAUUCAAACCAAUUAAACUAAGACCUGGAAGUCUAUUAAUUUGACAGAUAUUUUAUAAAAAAGCAUAUGCCACUUAUUAAUGCAAAGAAUACACAUACCAUUUUAAAUAUUAUGGCUCUAUUCAAUCAGAUCCGCUUUAGCAGACAUCUGCAUAGCGGUUGUUUUGACAACRGAGGUGGAACUGUUAAAUCUACAAGUGACUCCCCAGCUUUAUACCUAAAGCGGACAUUGCCAUUGGCUGCAUGGCGUUGCAUUAACAGAAAUCCCAUGAAGCCUUUUUUACAAGUUUGAACACAGAUGUAAUCUACACCUCGAUUAGGAUGAUAGAAGUCGUCAUUAUUUUUUUUAAGGAUUUUUCAAUUUGGGCAUGAUUAUUUCUAUGUAGCCUACACUUUCUUGUCCUGAAUUUCUAAUGCAAAUGAGACUAUUGCYGGUUAACRCUUGAUCUGAUUGAUUAUAGGCUUUAGUUUGAUUAUAACUCAAACCAGUAUUUUUCUUUGUCAUGAGAUGAUAGCUUAUUCCCUUUCAUACUAGUGUUUGAUCUAAUGCGUUCUGGGAAAUGUAUUCGGAUAUUUAAAGACAUUAAGGAAAUUAUUAUAGACAACCCACAACAUGAUCUUAGAGUAUUUCACACCACUGUAAUUAUUUCAAAUAGUUUGAAGAGAAUUCGCAACUCAAUUCAGAAUUGACCCCAACUCUGACAUCUAGGUAUUCAUCUCAGGGCAGAAAAGUAAAGAAAAAAAUCAGUUAUAAGAUACAUUUUUWAAAUUUUGGGAGGGAAACUGAUUUUAGAAUGGUUAAAUUUUGUCCAGAUUCAAAUACAGAACCUGUGUGGAUUAGUUACAAUAUCUCAUCCUUUAUUUGAUGCCAUUAAACACCAUGAUCAUAGAGUA